GAUAUACUCACUACACUUAACUACGUACCAACCAACUCCUCCCGUCCAUUUCCAUCUCCCAAAAGAAAACCAGAAACUAAUAUGACUUUUUAGGGCGAUCUGCUGAAGUGACAGACCCAGAAAUUUUAUAUAGGGUAUCUCAUUUUAAAAAAUAAAUUAAUUUUUAAAUAAUUAAUAAAAUUAAAUAAAUUUUUAAUAAGAAAAUACCUACUCGUGCCGCUUAAAAAAGUCCACUAUGUGUUUUCAUAUUUGGAAAUAAUUGCAGAAUACACUUGGUGCCUACACUGCUCAAAAAAAUUUGUCUCUGUAUAUCCUACCAGACAAUCAUUCACGAGCUGAUCACAUAUUCGAUUACUAAACUUGUUUUUGAUGUAAUGCAAAGCUGAAAAGACUCUUUUAACACUUGUCGUACAACCAUAAAUUCAAUACAAAUUAAGCAUAGCUUGAAAUUUGUUUAAUUGUUAGGUUUUGAAAAUAAUUAGAGAUAGAGAAUGCCAUUUUACUAUUACACGGUGUUUAAAAUCGAAUUGCUUAAUGGAAAUUAUGUUUAUUAAUAAUAAUAACAGUGUCCUACGUUUGAAUUACCCAAACUACCACUAAUAUUCUCAUACACAAAGUAAAAGAUUAGAAUAGGAUAAUUAUUUUUUCAAAUUCCUGUGUGUCCCCGACUAUCAAUUAGAAUAUUUUUGUCCAUGCAUAAUUUACCAUCUGGGGUUGGAUAAUCAUUUUUUCAAAUUUUAGGGGUGUCCCGUGACAACCCCAAACACCCGUGUGUCCGCCACUGAUCUCCUGACCGGUACAAUUCGUACCGGUUAUAAAAUCAACUGGAAUACCAUUUGUAUGAAGUGGUAGUGAGAAAUGAUCAUUAUUGGUCAAAACCAAGAAAUCAGUGGUCCAACUGAAAAAAAAAAUAACGUUGUUUUGGUGAAUAUAAUUGAAAAAAUUGAAUUGAAUUUAAAUAUGAACAUUUGUCAGUAUGUUUGUAAUAUAUUUUAUACAAAUAUGGAUGCUAAAUAUUGAGGUUAAAUCAAGUAUAAUAUAUUUUUACAUAUGAUGAUUUAUCAUUUGUUUUCUAAUUUCGUAGGUGAUUUAAAUGUAGAUAAAUUUUCAUCAAAUAUGUUAUACAUAUAUGUAUGCGUGCAUAAUAUAUUUUAUUUUUAUAAUUUCCUAUUCUCUGCAUAGUUUAUUAAAAUUCCACCACAAACCGUUUACAUUCCCAUCAAACAGUUUCACUAGUUAAACCGACAUGUAAUAGUAUAAACAAAAGGAUUAAAAAAUCAUUACCGGAAAAAAAGUGAUCACUAAGAUAAUUAUAUGUUGCAACCGUUGUUUAACAGUGAUGCAACCAUUUCAUAUAAACCGCUAAAUACCGCCAACCAAAUUUCACUUCCAGUAAGAAAUUUUUCUGAUUGCGAACCGCUAAUACGAUACCGUUUUCUAAUCCUUUGUAUAAACCGGUUUUACAACGUUGGAAACAAGCCCCUCACCAAACCACCAAACAACAGCUAGAGAGCGAGAGCGAGGGAGAAAGAAAAAGAAAAGUGGAACGUUAUAGACGGCGAAGUAGCCGACAAAUUCCUUCCCUCCUUAUAGAUGUUCACGAAGUUCCCCUGCCUCCAGCUCUCUGCAGCUAUUCUCCUCUCACUCUUCCUCUGGCGUACAUUUCCACUCCCACCACCACAAAUUUCCCUACCUCAAUCAUCCACAGCUAGCUAAUCUACAACAUAAAAACACAAAACCCAACACCAUAGCUGCAAUACUACUACCACCACUGCUACAAUGGAUCCCUGCCCAUUCGUUCGCCUAAUCAUCGAAUCACUAUCCCUAAAACUCCCCUUCGCCGCCACCAAGCCCGCCGGCUCCGGCGUCCACCCCACCGCCACCCCUUGCUUCUGCGUCCUCAAACUCAAAGGCUUCCCCACCCAAACCGCUCUCUUACCCUUAUGCCCCUCACCUCCAACCACCGACGACUCCUCCUCCUCCUCCGCCCCCGAAACGACCACCUCCGCGCCCGGAUUCCACCUCGACGCCGCCGCCCUCCGCCGCGUCUCCGGCAAGCCGAUUCCGCUCCGGGUCUCGGUCUACACCGGCGGGAUGGGCCGGAAUUGCGGGGUCAGCGGCGGGAGGCUGCUGGGGAAGCUCCAAUUGAAACUUGAUUUUGGGGAAGAAAAGGAAAAUGCUGCCAAUUCCUGCAGCAGGUCGGGUACUCAUGUGUUUCAGAACGGGUGGUUGACCCUCCGUUGCCAGCCGGGCAAACCCGCCGCCCGGAUCCACAUGGUUUGUCGGGCCGAGCCCGACCCGCGGUUCGUGUUCCAGUUCGGCGGGGAGCCCGAGUGCAGCCCCGUGGUUUUCCAGAUUCAGGGCUGCAUCCGGCAGCCCGUCUUCAGCUGCAAGUUCAGCGCUGACCGGAAUUCCCGCUCCCGAUCUCUGCCAUCGGAUUUCAACAGCGCAUCCUCCAACGGCACGUGGACCAAAACCUUCUCCACCCGGGAGCGAGAGAAGGCCAGCCGGCGGGAACGCAAGGGGUGGAUGAUAACGAUCCACGACCUCUCCGGCUCGCCCGUCGCCGCCGCGUCGAUGAUCACCCCGUUCGUCCCUUCGCCCGGGUCGGAUCGGGUCUCCCGGUCCAACCCGGGGGCCUGGCUGAUCCUCCGCCCGCACGGGUUCUCGGUCAGCACGUGGAAGCCGUGGGGCCGGCUCGAGGCGUGGAGGGAGCGCGGCGGCGCGGUGGAUGGGCUGGGGUACAAGUUCGAGCUGAUGACCGAAAGCAACGGCGGUCGGGUCGCCAUAGCGGAGGGGAGCGUCGGGGUGAGGAAGGGCGGGCGGUUCGACAUCGACGGGAGGACGGUCAGGGAACCGGUUUCCCGGUCGGGGUCGGCGAAGGGGUUCGUGAUGGGUUCGACCGUGGAAGGGGAAGGGAAGGUUAGUCGGCCCGUGGUUCAGGUCGGGGUCCAGCACGUGACCUGCACGGGGGAUGCUGCGCUGUUCGUGGCGCUAUCCGCUGCGGUCGACCUUAGCAUGGACGCUUGUAGGCUGUUUUCGAGUAAGUUGAGGAAGGAGCUUUGCCAUGAUGAUCAGGAUGGUUUGUGAGGUGAGGGGAGGUAAAAAAAAGUUUUAAUGCUGUGAUGACCAAUAGGGUGGGAGCGGGCGGUAAAAAUUAGUUUAACAGUUGGUUUGAGCGAGUGGUUUAAGGUUAAUUUGUUGGGUAGGGUUGAUUUGUUUAUGUCAUUUUGGACUUUUGGCCUCCUUUCAUGGGUUGAUGAUUGGGGCUGAGCUGUAAAUGGGGACAAUAGCUGGGCCUUACUGGCUGAGGGCCCAUUGGAUCGGUAGGUGGAUUUGGCUGGCAUGUCACCAUCCACGUCCUAAUGUUGGUUGGUUUUGGAGGGGGAAUUCUUUUUUUGCUGCGGUUGUUGUUAGUAUUUAUUAAAUUGGUAAUUUUGUACAAGUUAGUGCUUUCCAGAAAGAAAUGAGAAUGUAUAGGGAAAAGGAAAAUUAUUCAAAAAAAAAAAUAUUGAUUUUAUUAUUCUUUGGAGAUGAUAGUAAAUCCGUAUAACAUGUUUAAUGUUUAAUAUGUAUGUUUAAUAAGCUAAAUUGUUAACUUAACUAUAAUUUAUAUAUUUCUGUACUUUUAAAAUAAUUACUUUUAUAUAUUGAUGAUUGUAGACGUACUAUUAAACGUAAUUUUAGUUUAGAAAUGAAGUAAAAUUUCCGUACGUAUUUUAUACGUAACAUACUCGUAUCGUAUUUUGCUAUGUAUCCAACCACACAUAUACAUCACUAUGCAACUUCAUUAAAUUAAAAUUUACAAUAAUAUAUGAUGUAUUCAUAUUUUGAACAUUUUCUAAAGUACAUUAAUCAUUCAAACUAUCACGAAGAUCACACUCAAAUGUAUUUCACCAAAACAUAAUUUCCUACUUUAUCACUCAUUGGACUGGAAAAAUGUAAUUUCACGUAGUUUAUUGAUAUAAAUUUUCUUUCAACGCUUAUAGUGGCAGUUAGGGGUGGGCACGUGGGUGGUUAAUCCGCGGAUUUAUAUCGAUCCACCCGCAAAUAAUUCGACCCGCAUAGAGAGGGUGAUUGAUGUGGGUGGAUUGCGGAUUGGUAAAUCUCCCACCCGCACUUAUGUGGGUGGGUGGUGGGUGGAUUGCGGGUCACCCAUAUGACCCGCAUCCUAUUUUUACAUGAAAAAAUGUUGUUUCUUAUAGUAUCGAAUAUUCAUCAUAUUUUCGAACUGCACUAUAGUCUGACCAUAGACUUCAAAAGCUGGAGAAUAAAUAAUAGUUUUGACUACUAUUAUUGAUCAUUGUGUUGUGCAAUAUCCAUUACAUAUUGGAUAUUGGUAUGCAGAUUAUUGUUAAUAACCAUUAAAUAUUGGGAUGCAAACUAUAAAUUAUUAAUUGUAUCAAAAUCACAAAUUAUAAAUGUUAUGAACAUAUUAUAAAUGUUAAUCAACUUUCUUAAUGGCUAGUUGGAGAAUUGUUUUUGCGGGUUGACCCGCAACCCAACCGCACCCAUCCGCCACCCACCCAACCCAACCCGUAGAAGUAUGUGGGUGGAUUGCGGGUCACAAUUAUUCCAACCCACUAGUAAGCGGGUGGGUCAAUUUGAGACCAAAACCCACCCAACCCGCCCGUUGCCCACCCCUAGUGGCAGUUGAUAACAACAAUAUUAAUAUCACAACAGAUAUACGGAAUAAAACAACAGAGAUUGCUUUACUAUAAUAAAAUAUAAUUUCAACUAUAAUAAAAUAUUAUGUAAUGAAAUGAAUAUAUCAAUAAAUCAAUAAGCAUGGUUGUAAGCUGUUGGUUGAUGCUCUUAAUAGUGCACACUAGCUGCACAAUAUGCAUCCAUGGACUUCAUAUUUUUGUAUGUGUGCCAGGUGAUGCCUGAUAGUCCAUAUGAUUUCAUGAUCAUUCAUUUGAGUGUGAUUCGGUUAGGCGGGUUGAGUAUUGAAAAAACUCAUAUCCGACCCAUCUAGUAAACAAUAAGACAUAGUUUUAUCCGCACUAGUCCGAUCGUCCCACAACCCAUCAGUCUCAAGUUUAGCUGCUUAACUGUGUUGAGUUCAAGGAUUGAAAUACGGUACCAGAGGUCGUACCGGAAAAGUCAGCGGUAUGGUAUUUUAUAUUAAAAUAGUGGUUUACUGGUUUUGCUUCCGGUAAGAGAUUUUUCAGGUCGAACCGCCGGUACGGUAUUUUAAUCAUUGGUUGAGUUGGAUCAGUUACCCUCUGUUGCUAUCCCUAGACUCCCAAUAGCCAAGUAGCCGGCCCAUCCAGUUGCAACUCACGCCCCGAGCUAAAUCCGAUAACGGGCCAAAAACCUUUUUGUGACUGUUUGGCGCAUAAUGGGCCCAAUAAAAUUUGCAUAGCAGUAUAUUUCUCAAUGGGCUGAGUUCGGGAGCUACAAUUGGGCCAGCAAUGAUGACAUAAUGAGUUCUGGGCCUUUUUCCUCCUUUGUCGGGGUCCAUCUCCAUCAGCAUUUCGUAAGGCGGGAAGUCCAGCUGGCAGUAUUAACCGACUUCAGGCCCAGAAAAGCGAAAUACGUGUUAUGUACGUGUCCGUCCAGCUGGCAAGGGAACCGACUUAUCCUACAGUUCAAUUAACGCGUGCCCUCUUACAGCUGGCAAGGGAACCGACUUAAAGCCGCAUUCGGAAAUCUAUAUAAGUGGCGACAUCCUCCGGCCAUUGUUACAGUUGCUGCCAUCACCAAAAAGGUCGGAUCAGAUUGGAAAUAGACAAGAAGGCUCUUUCGGCUUGGCUCUUCCUUUUUAGGGUUCCGAUUACGGCCGACGAGAUUGAUGAGGUCGGUUCUCCCUCCUUCGUUCCGUGUUCUAGGUUUUUGUGAAUUCUUCACGUCUUUCAUAGGAAAAACGAUAUCUUCUCUGCUCGUUAAAGCUGUUUUUUCGGCCUGCCCGGUUGCCCUAGAAAUUUUGAUGAAAACUGUACAAAUGCCUCGAUACAAAUCCUCACGUUCCAGUUCUAGAAGACUUUGAUUUGGGUGCCAUUACUGGUCGCUGGAUGAUUACUGUGUCGAGGGUCGAAUUCUCUGGCUCCGGCGACUUUCCCCAUCGUGGUAUGUUUUUCGGAUCUGCACUUCUUUUCCUGGAUUGGGUGGUAAGAGGAGUAUGAUCAAAUUGGUCCCUAAAGUUCUCUGUCCCGCUUCACAAGUUGCUUUGAUCCGUCGGUGACUUUCCCCGUCGCGGUAUGUUUUCCGAAUCUGACCUUUGUGACGAGAGGGAGCAUAAUCAAACUGGUCCCUUAAU